GGCACUACCACUGUAGUUGUCGUGAACUUUGCAUCCAGAAAAUCGGCCGGCUGACUGAUUUAUGUUUACACUGUUUGGAUACAGCUGAAUAGCCAUGACAAAUUAUAUAAAUAUAACAAAUUAUUUAAUUAUAUAUAAUUUGUCAUGUGAAUAGCUGAGUAAGGGUGUGACGUUCGUAUGCGAAUUAGCGACUGUACACGGCCCAUGUGUUUUAUGUUACGUUUGAUUUUACAGCAAUAAAAGUGUUUCUAACCAAAAUCAGUGUUAGAGUAUUAUUGUAAUCGUUUGACGUUCUUACCUUUCUAACGAACAGUGCCGGGAUAUACGAACUUUGAAUUGAGGAGAUUCGCUUAAACUGAUUUGUGCUGCGCUACAUGAAAUAUCGAGUCAUUCUGCUCUGGGAAGAACGAACAUAUAACACUGUACCUCAACCUCAUUAAAGCUAAUGGCGCUAAUCCGAUUGAUAUUGAAAGACUCGUCAGGGAUAAAACGAUUGAAUGUAUUAUUGUUUUCGCAAUUUCGCGUGUGUCACUUAAUACGGAUGAAUAGUCCUUAAAAUAAUAAAGGGAACAUAGGUACAGGAGGUUUGCUGGGGGGAGUGAGGUGGUUUUUCCUAGAAUAUAAUAUCACUGGUAUAUAAUACUGGUCAUUGACCUUAUACUAUAUUAUAUUAAUAAAAAGUCUAUGAGAUACUGGUAUACAUUUCUUAUCAGUGGUGGAUUACACAUAAACAAUUAUUUUCGACCGUUAAAGAAGUUCCUAUGCAAUUUUGUACGUGAUUCCCCAAAAAGAGUUGAUUUGUUUAAAAUAGUAAGCACUGAACAUUCACCGACAUCAAAAUCUGUUAUUUUAAUAAAACUAUGGGAAACGUGAUGGGUUGAAUCUCAUGAGGCGAUUCUUAGAUUUUCGGAUGUGCUUUUGUCUAUUGAAUAUUUUUGGAAGAUAUAAUAGGUAAUUAAGAUGGAAAUAUACUUUUAAAAUGCAAUGGACUUCUUCAAUCAGAAUUAAAUUUUGAAUUUAUUUUGUCUUUGGAAGUAGCAGUCGAAAUAUUGUCAAUAACUUUGCUAAUAUCACGUCAGCUACAAAAUCUAGAUUUAGAUAUAACAAAGUGUAUUCAAAUAAUAAAUAUUGUGUUGGCUGCUCUUAAAAAUAACAGAGAAGAAACAAAAUCCACUGAUUUUUUUAAUCGUGCUGUGUCUAAAGCAGGUGUGUUAAAUAUUGAUAUUAAAAUUCCACGGAUAUAUAAAAGACAAGCUCACCGAUCAAAUUUAACUACUUCAAGUACUGAAGAAUAUUUAAAAUUACAGUUUUUUUCAGUUUUGGAUAAUUUUAUAACGUCUAUUCAAACUAUGUUUUUGGACAAUCACUUAUACCAACUUAUACAAAUACAACAACUUAUACCAAAUUACUUAAAUGCUCAAUCUGAAGAGGAUAUUUUAAAAGGUGCAUCUUUCUAUGAAUCAGAUUUACCAGGAACACUUCACGAAUUAAAAGCUGAAAUCAUGAUAUGGCAGUUACAUUGGGCUAAACAACCAGAAAAAAAAAAUCAAAAUUCAGUACGGCUAUGGAAGUAUUUAAAGAGACUGAAGGUGGAUAUUUCCCAAACAUACGGCAACUUUUACUUAUUCUUGCUGUAUUAUCUGUAACAACAUCAACAAUUUUGGACGUAGGUGGUACUUGGUGGUACCAUAGAUAAUAUAAUAUAUAUUGUUAUAUUAUCUAUGGGUGGUACGUGUACAAAAGUGAUAGUGUUAUCAUAUUUCAAACACGAGUGACAAGAACCGUUGGGGAUAUUAUAAUAAUAAUAUAAACUAAUAAAAAUUAGGUACUAUUAAUAAUUUUUGUACGAGAUUAAGUUCAAUAGACAUUUAAUAUGAGUGAAAUAAAUAAUGGCAAACCUGAAAUGUGUAUUAAGGAUAGUGAUCAUUUAUACAGACUCAUUAUAAGUCAACUUUUUUAUGAUGGGCAUACAUCAAUUGCUUCAAGCUUAGCUGUUCAAGUGAAUGCUGAUCCACCUUGUUCUCCAUCGGAUCGACUUAGGAGUGUAGUGAUGAAAGGUUUACAACAUGAAACCGACAGACAAAAAGAAUCUGAACAAGCAUUAAACUUAAAUCCAAUCCAACAAAUGUUAAUCGGACCGGGGAUCGGUAUGCUUAAUGAUUUAUAUACCUAUCAUACAUUUGUGUACUCAAUUUUUUACAUAAUUUUAUUAGAUUUGGAAUUUGAUACUGAUGUUAUUUGUACUGCUCCUCAACCAUCGCUUUAUGAAACUAUAUAUGUAACAUCCCACAAAGGUGCCUGUAACGCUGGUGCUUUUAGUCCGGACGGACAGUUAAUUGCAACAGGAAGCAGUGAUGCAUCAAUCAAAAUUUUGGAUAUUGAAAGAAUGCUGGCUAAAGCACACGAGAUUGGUAGCACUGAUAUUAUAGAAGGACAAGGUCAUCCAGUAAUUCGGACUUUGUAUGAUCAUUUGGAAGGAGUGACAUGCUUGGAUUUUCACCCUAACAAACCAAUUUUGGCUUCAGGUUCUAGAGAUUGUCAUGUUAAAUUUUUUGAUUAUUCAAAAAUAACUGUGAAAAAAGCGUACAAGACAAUAACCGAUGUGGUACCAAUAAGAUGUAUAAGUUUUCAUCCCCUUGGAAACUAUAUGGUAGUGGGCACCAAUUGCCCAAUCAUAAGACUUUAUGACAUAAAUACGGUUCAAAGUUAUGUAUGUUCAGUUCCUAGCCAACAACAUACUGGUCCUGUUACAUCAAUAAAGUUUGAACCAGGUGCCAAAUACUUUGUGUCCUCUAGUCGAGAUGGUUCAAUUAAAUUGUGGGACGGCGUGUCUAAUAAAUGUGUUAACACCUUUGAAAGAGCACACAAUGGUAGUCAAGUGUGUUCUGUGACAUUUUCAAGAAAUGGAAAGUACAUCUUGUCAUCAGGCAAAGAUUCUUUAGUGAAACUUUGGGAGUUGUCUACUAGUAGAUGCCUGAUUGCAUAUACUGGAGCUGGAACCAUAGGAAAACAAGAACACCAUACUCAAGCAUUGUUUAAUCAUACUGAGGAGUUUGUCAUGUUUCCAGAUGAAGUCACUACAUCGUUGUGUACAUGGAAUGCACGGAAUGCUUCUCGACAGAAUCUUUUAUCACUGGGCCAUAAUGGACCUAUUCGUUCAAUAGUGCAUUCUCCAAAUUCAGCAGCAUUUUUGACUUGUUCGGAUGACUUUAGAGCCCGUUUUUGGUGUAUAAGACACUAGACUGGAGCAAAAAUUGAAUGUUUUUUUUUUUAUUUUUAUUUCAAAAUAUUUAUUUAUUAAAUCUUGU